AUGGUAAUCAGUGAUGAUAACCAGCAGCUCUUCCCCUCGGAUCCCGGAGCCCGUCAGCAGAAUGACAGUGACGCUGCUAUGGGUGACUCCAAGCGCGACGGGGCGAGAUGGCCGCUCUCCUUCCAGAUGAGCCCGACUGGCCACCGGUUCUGGAGCCACAAACUGUACCGCGGUCCGCAGGACCAACCAGUAAGGGUGCUUUACAGCAGGACCAAGCUCGAGUCGGACGAGAUCGCCCAUGAAUUCCUCAGCGAGAAGGUUGUCGGCUUUGAUAUGGAAUGGCCCUGGGACGCCAAUAGCACAGACGCACGUCUACAGCAGAGAAUCGGUCUAAUUCAGAUCGCCUGUGAGGACAAGAUUGCACUUUUCCAUAUCGGCUUGCAUUCUGGAAGUACUGCAAAGGACCUGUUGGCACCAUCACUGCGAAAACUCAUCGAGGACCCUGCCAUCGCCAAGUGUGGAGUCGCCGUUCACAAUGCGGAUUUUGCUCGAUUGCAGCAAUGGUUUGGCCUCAAACCGCGCGGUGCAUUCGAGCUGAGCCAUCUGCACAAUUUGGUCACCCAUGGUGCCUCCAGCCCCACAAAGUGUACCACGAAGCUUAAAAAGUUGGCUGUGCAGGUCGAGCAGCAUCUGGGCCUUCCGCUCUUCAAGGGGAAGGUGAGGACCAGUAACUGGAGCGAGCCACUUAGCAAGGACCAAGUCAAUUAUGCUGCUGCAGAUGCAUAUGCUGGUUUCAUGUUAUAUCACUGCAUGAACGCGAAGAGAGCGGCCAUGGACCCUACUCCUCCGCCACCUGUCUACGCUGAGACAUACAGGCACACAUUCCGAGGGCAGCCGCCGAAACAGCCACUUCAACUGGCACCGGUAGAUGGGGAUGUAACCCCUUUGAGCGUUUUGCAUUUCUACAAAACGUUAGAAGACGCUGCUGAGGAUCAAUCGGACGCACAGUCAGCGGAUGGGGAAGCUGAACCCAGGCAGCGCGACCAGGCCGCAGCUGAUCAGGAAGUUUCUUGCCAAUCCAACGACGAUUGUGAGUAUGUCAGAAUCGGUCGGCGUGGCAAACACGUCCUCUUUGCCAAGGCUGCAGAUGUCGGCGUGGAUGUCAUACAACAACUACGAGAUCAGCAUGCUGCCGAACAGCAACGAGCAGAAAUACCGGCUGGCACAUCACCACCGAAGAUAGCAGUAGCGACAUCAAAAUCCUCAAAAGCCAAGAGAGCCGCGCCAGCCGUGGAGUCCGGGAUCCUCGAUGAGACCAGGACAGAACUCCUGUUUCGAGAGCUCAGGAAACAUCGCAGGGACCUGGCGAAAGAACGCGAAUGCCCUCCAUUCGUCAUUGCUCAUGACAGCCUACUUCACGCGAUAUCUCGAAAAUGCCCACGAAGAGAUGUUGAAUUGCUGCGCAUAAAAGGCAUCGGGAAGAAGAAAGCAGCCGAUUGUGGUGCAGCUUGGUUAGCGAUUGUGAGAAAUUUCGUCGAGAACUCGGGUAUCGAUGGAUUCGGAGCGAAUGACGGCAGUCCGCAGGGCACUCCAGCUGUGCCCGCGGCCUCACAACAUGAAAUGCCUGCUUCGCAGGUAAAUUUUGAGGAACCCGACCGAUCAACUCCUAGCUUGCACACGGGACUAUCGUUCAGUAUGCAAAACGCAAGUCUGGACCACGAGAAAGAUGACAAGGACGUCGUAGAUGCCCUUGAUGAGGAUGAGGCAUCAGACGACGAAUUGGCGUUUGCAAUUCCCCGGAGAGAGCCUUUCCCAUCUGUUCUCAAGCGCAAGCGAGACGACGUAGACGCGGACCAGAAGCUUGCUUCAAUGCGGCCGAGACAGCCCCAGAGAAGAUACCAGACAGUAGCAGAGGGAGCGAAGUUACCACCUCAACCAUCACCAGCAGUAACUAUCACGCCGCUACCCCAGCUCUUGUCAACACUACCUCGAAAUGACUCAGAGUCAACCUCUCUAUUGUUGCAGAGUCCUUGCGCCGACCGUGAGAGUACGCUCGCCGCCCAAGACGAUACCAGAACGACAGCUCUAGCGCCCGCGGGCCAACUCCCGCCAGACGCCAUGAGCAAGAUCCAUCCAAUACAACGUUCGACAGUAAAGCCUGGCAUAGAUCCAUUACCUACCGCUAGACAAUCGAAUGACAGUGAACUCCAGUGCAGGAUACUCCGCAACAAGAUCAUCGCCUUCAACAAGCUUGUAAACACCACCGUACAAUUGCCAGUGAGCACGAUCGAACACCUUGCGCAUCAACCCCCGAGGACGAUGGAGGAGCUUCUGCAAGUCCCGGGCAUCAUGCCCUUUGCUAACGCGUACUUCGCCCAGGGCUACACCGUCGUCAACUGGAAGCGGGACUUUAGCAAGUACCGGUUUGAGAGGGGCCGUGAUGUGGCAUUCUCCGGUGAGGACAUCUCUCAGCAGGCAGCCAGUCAGUCAGUCUCUGAGGUGAAGUUGAAGUGA